AUGGAAGACUUCAUUCUUCAGCCCGAAGAAGAGAAGUUAGCAGAAGAAUUUCUGAAGGUGCAUGAACUUUUGUGUUUGCCGUGGUUUCAAAGUCCUGGAAACGACAUUAAGCAUACCCACAGGCCGGCGCUUAACCAACUGGCCGCAGCGCUCGGCCUGCCCCCGAACUUUCUAACGAUGAGGAACCGCGUCUACGUCUUCAUCAGCCGCUUGCUGCGACUCGGGCGGUUGCUGGUGCACAAGAGUCGCCGUCGGCGCGUCCCGGUGAGCGAGAUCAUGCACCGCGUCUCUCCCGCCGUGCGACGCGUGCUGGAAGAGCUUGACAUCGUCGAGAUCGUCCGAGCGAUGGGGCGCCCGUGCGACAGAGAGCCGCCGCCGACGCUGUCGCGGCCCAAGCUGGAAGACUUUGCGGCGCGCCUCGCGACGUCCGCCGUCAAGUCGCUAGAGAACCGUCUCUCGCAACCGGAAGAGGAUGAGGAUGGGAAACGGGGUGACUGCGACGAAGUGCGGCGCAUUAGGAGCGUGGCUGCUGUGAUCCCGUUCGCGCAAGUGAGCGUCGGCGAUCGCACCGCGCUGCUUCGUAUGUGGCGGAAUAUGUGCCGAGGGGUGAUGCGCAAGCUGAGCGCGGACGAGAUUCGUCUCGCGCCUUUCGAGCGGCGAGUCGCCGACCUGCUGCUGCUGUACGAGCCGCAUGUCUCGCUCGCGUUUCGCGGAUCGCAGCUCGUUCGCUCGGAGCAUUCGCUGCGGCGUCUCUUGCGCCUCGUGACCGACACGCUGGACCAACUCCCGCUGCCUUUCUUUGCCGAUGACGUCGUGUUCGCGUCUUCUAAGGGACGAUUGACGGGGGCGUCGAGCGACAUCACGGCGUACGCUGAAUGGGUACGCUCGGUUUGGACCGCCGUGUAUCUCGCUCAUCGCGAGCUCGAGCCCGCGGCGUCGAGCGUAGUCUUACAGCGGCGCUGGCAUGAGAUGCGCAUCGCCACAUACGUGGGAGUAGACUCCGUCCUGGUCCUCGGCGAGCUCGCGAAGCGUCUUCCCUUGGCAUCGCACGCGCCGCCCCCGCCCUGGCUGCAACUUGUCCGUCGAGGGUUGGUCUUCGAUUUGAAUUCUCUCGACCACGAAAAGGCCGACGCGCCCGACCACCUGGAUAACAUUGCGCUAGAGGUACACAACCCUGUAAGCGAGGAGACUACUAUGAAUCGACUGCUAGCCAUAGACCCCACCAAAGCGGAGGUGAAGAUAAUGCUCGACUGUGACCCCAAGCCGGUGGAAGGAGAAGCCAGCGACGAGUGCAAAACGGGCGUAAAGGAAUCACUCGGCAGGAAGCUGGAAAUGGAGGCCCGCGUGUCCUUGAUCCCGUUCGAGCAUAGCGCGGCAUGGACUCGCGCAGCCAAACGGAAGUACGGCAGCGUAUUGACUUCGCGCGAUGCAUCCUGGUCGGUGCGGAACCACGCGCUGCUCUCUCUGUGUCGCCCUUGCUCGGUGCACGUCCAAAGGCCGGCGAUACUGCCGCCUAAAACGUCGCCCCAGACGCUCUCAGCGCCGUCGCCCCCGACGCCCUCAGCGACGUCGCCCCUCACGCCCUCAGCGCCGUCGCCCAUGUCGUCGCUCCCGACGCCGACUCCCUAUCCGCUUUCGCCCAUCCCAUCCUCCGGCGAAACAGACAAUUAUGAGUAUAUCCGAGAUGAUUUACUGAAAAUAAUGGCUAAGUACGCACAGAAAAAAUACCCGUCUGACCCCAUAAGGAAAAGGAAGAAGAAAGACGAUCCCGCCAAUCCGCCGCUCGAUGAGUACGAGGAGUGGGAGCGACAGAAAAGCGCUACUCUUCCGUAUUUCAAGUUGCCUAACCUGCUUCCGGCCAGACCGCCCGUUACGGUCUCCAUCGUCGCUGAGCCUCCGCCGGCGCCGCAGCCGCUCGCCGAACAGACAUGCAUCGUCCUUUCGGAUUCAGAGGAGGCGGAACCGACCGAACCUAAACGGCUCCGCACAGACUGGGAGCGGCGCCUCAAAGCGGAGGUGGAGCUGCUGAGGCGCGAGCGAGAGCAGUCCCGGAGUAAGGAUAUCGGUAGAUUCGGUCCGACUAAGACCGUGCAGAGCAUCAUCGAUGAGAUGAGUACGCAAACUGAGACGAUCGCCCCUACACCCUUGUGUCGCGUCGCCGCCGUCACGUCGAUGGCGGGGGAGAAGACGCCGCCUUGGCUCAAGGCGAACACAGCGGCCGACAGCAGAAAUGAUAACAUCGGGCACCUGCCCCAAUUCAGCUUCGCUCUUCUCGAGGAAUUGCAGAUCCAAAGGGACGGAGAAGCGCCUCAAUUUUUCAGGCUGCCUUCGGACCGCCACAUCCGAGUGGGGGAGUUUCUGCAGACGGCGGAACAUGGGUCUGCGGCACUCGUGCGCUGCGACCUUACUCGCCCUCUGAUGAUAGUGUCACGACAGUUCUGCGUGCUUACGGGCGAACGUCUCUCGAUGCGGACGCCCACUUACUGGAGUCUGCAGUAUUCCGCCGGGCGUUCGCGUCUCGUUCGUAUCCAACUCGACGAUGACAAGGACGACUCGCCGUUGGUACCCCAAGAAGGUCCUCUUCGAGUGAAAUCGUUCGCGCGAGAGAAGCCCGACCAGGAAGGCGGGCCCCUGAUCUACAAGAUGUUGAGCGACGACCCGCCCGUCGUCGCCGUCGUAUACGGCCUCGUCCAGGACAUGGAUACCUUUCACCGGCUAAAAGCCUCCGGCAUCAAGCUCUACCUCUACUCCCUGACGAGCGGCACGAUGGGCCAUCUCGUGUUUGGCGCUACGAAUAAGGCCCCCCCCGUCACCCUCCCCACUAUAUCGUCUGUGUACUCGCUUGCAAACCUUCCCACUCCCGCGCCGGCUUCCCCUCAAAAGUCUGACUUGCGGUUGCGCGUGCCCGUAAUCGUGGACACCGAGCGAGGCUGCCUGGUGGUCGUCGGAUCGAAGAACGAUGGCCACCAGGCGACCUCUGAAUAG